AUGGCAGAUCCUAACGCGCACAUACACCACCACUUAAACCAGCAACAAAGAGUAGCACAACAACAACUUGUAAGUGGACCAGGUGUUCCACAUCUCUUAAUAGAUCCGCAAACUCAAGUUGCUCUUGCUGCUGCUCCCACUCCAAUGCACUCUCAACAUCAAUUUCAACCUCAACAUUAUACCGUUCUUGAUAACUUCUGGCAACAGCAAAUAAAUGAAAUCAGACAUGGCGUUCACGAUUUCAAGGUUCACCAACUUCCAUUAGCUAGGAUAAAGAAAGUCAUGAAGACUGAUGAAGAAGUGAAGGUAGAAGAACUUCUUUGUUUAUUUUUUCAAGGAGAAAUUGAAUUGAUCAAAAUAUUUGAGGAAGAUCCGAUAUAA